UUGCCAUACAAAAAAAUAACUAAAACGGUCUGACAUUGCGCGUCCAACACUAGAUCUGUCUUUGUGUCUCACGAACGCACAAGUUCUGUGCGUUUUUGUGUUUGGUCUUGUCCUUAAAUUUCUCCGAAGUCCCUACUUCACUCAUCAAGAUGGGUAGGGAGGACAAGGCUACUUGGAAGACUAACUACUUCACCAAAAUCAUCCAACUCUUAGACGAGUAUCCAAAAUGCUUCUUAGUGGGAGCAGACAACGUGGGUUCGACCCAAAUGCAGCAGAUUCGUAUCUCUCUGCGCGGGCACAGCAUCGUGCUAAUGGGCAAGAAUACGAUGAUGCGUAAAGCUAUCAAGGACCACCUGGAUAACAACCCUGCUCUUGAGAAGCUUUUGCCACACAUCAAGGGAAAUGUCGGUUUUGUGUUCACCCGCGGAGACUUGGUGGAAGUGCGUGAUAAACUUCUGGAGAACAAGGUGCGUGCGCCCGCCCGCCCCGGCGCCAUCGCGCCGCUCUCCGUAGUUAUCCCUGCACACAACACCGGUCUUGGCCCUGAGAAGACUUCCUUCUUCCAGGCCCUUUCCAUCCCCACCAAGAUUUCCAAGGGUACAAUUGAAAUCAUCAACGAUGUGCACAUCCUGAAGCCUGGAGACAAGGUGGGCGCCUCCGAGGCCACACUACUCAACAUGUUGAACAUCUCCCCCUUCUCGUAUGGUCUGGUUGUCAAACAGGUGUAUGACUCUGGCACGAUCUUCGCGCCGGCCAUCCUGGACAUAAAGCCUGAGGACCUGCGCGCCAAGUUCAUGGAGGG